CCCAGGCACACACGGCCAGUAUAAAGCCCGAGGACGUGCUGCUGGCCCGUCGACCCGCAUCUGCUUUCUGCGUCUGCUCAACAGCCCGAUCAACGCAAGCCAUCAUGCCCAAGAACAAGGGAAAGGGAGGAAAGAACCGAAAGAAGGGAAGAAACGAGAACGAGUCGGAGAAGCGCGAGCUCGUUUUCAAGGAGGAGGGUCAAGAAUAUGCCUCUGUCACCAAGAUGCUCGGCAACGGCUGGAUCGAGACCACAUGCUGCGACGGCAGCAAGCGCAUGGCUCAUAUUCGUGGCGCCUUCAGAAAGAAGGUCUGGAUCACGGUCGGAGACGUUAUUCUGCUGGGUUUGCGAGACUACCAGGACACCAAGGCCGACGUUAUCCUGAAAUACACUCCCGACGAGGCCCGUCUGCUCAAGUCGUACGGCGAGCUGCCCGACAACCUGAGAAUCAACGAGACCGAGCUCGCCGCCGGCGAAUCGGAUGAAGAGGAUGUUGUCGAGUUCGAUAUUGAUGAUAUUUAAGCCUUGCGGACCCCGUGAAAAGAAGAAAUGUGUCUCCAACGCUGCACGAAGAGAACGCCUGUGGGUGGUCCACCCGUCCGUCCUACCAUUGCGCAUCGCUCACGAUAUUUGGAGCAUGGUCGAUAAUCCUAUUGCCAUAUACAUAUGAACCAUUCUUGUACUUUCUUUUGCCUGUUUUGAUUGCCCCGACCCUCUGUGGGGGGGAGGAGGCCUGGAUAACCCCGGGUCUCGGCCGGGCUGUCCUUCCACUCCUUCUCCUCCUUUGACCCUCUGGCUCGCUGUCUUGGUUUCCCCAGAAAUGAAUACAGAGCCCUUUUGACCAGA